GUAAGGUCAAGAGGAAAGAAGCAUGGCCGCUGCGUUGAGAGGGUCUCGCUAUCUAGUGGGAAGGUGUUGCAGGCAUGUUGACUUUGCACUUGUCUCCACAAGGUCUAUGGCCUCGAAGACGCAGGUGGGGUUUGUUGGUCUGGGAAAUAUGGGAAACCCAAUGGCAAAGAACUUGCUGAAGCACGGAUACCCAGUCAUUGCCACAGAUGUUUUCCCAGAGUCCUGCAAGGAACUGCAAGAGCUGGGCGCCCAGAUUGUGGAUAAUCCUGCUGAAGUAGCAGACAAGGCCGACCGUAUCAUCACCAUGCUCCCCUCUAGUCCCAAUGUCAUAGAAGUGUACACUGGACCCAACGGCAUUCUCAAAAAGGUAAAGAAAGGCUCGCUGCUCAUUGACUCCAGUACCAUUGAUCCAGCUGUUUCAAAAGAGAUGGCCGCCGCUGCUGAGAAGAUGGGGGCCGUUUUUAUGGAUGCACCUGUAUCAGGAGGUGUGGGAGCUGCCAGUUCGGGUAAACUGACUUUCAUGGUGGGAGCAGCAGAGGAGGAAUUCACUGCAGCCAAAGAACUGCUCAGCUGCAUGGGAGCUAACGUGGUGCACUGUGGUCAAGUUGGAACUGGACAGGCUGCUAAAAUCUGCAACAACAUGCUUUUAGCCAUUGGAAUGAUCGGGACUUCAGAGACGAUGAACUUGGGAAUCAGACUUGGUCUUGAUCCCAAACUUCUGGCCAAAAUCUUGAACAUGAGUUCAGGCCGGUGCUGGUCCAGUGACACCUACAACCCCGUGCCAGGAGUCAUGGAGGGAGUCCCCUCUGGGAAUAACUACCAGGGAGGCUUCGCAAGCCAGCUGAUGGCUAAGGACUUGGGCCUCGCACAGAACACAGCGACCAACACAAAGACUCCGGUGCCUCUCGGCUCCUUAACCCAUCAGAUCUACCGUAUGAUGUGUGCACGCGGUUACGCCGCUAAAGAUUUCUCCUCCGUAUUCCAGUUCCUGCGUGAGGAGGAGGGACAGUAAAAUGUCAGUCUCCACCCCGUCCACAGCCUCGGCCCUGCACAGGACUAACAUAGCAUAGUUAGGGUGCAUUUCGCCACAAGGACUUUUAUGUUGUUUUAUCUUUUUUUCUUUCAAAGUUCUGAAAGACAUGAAGCCCAGAGAGCCUCACCACAUUGUGACAGAUCAUGUGAAAACUUAACUCCUGUCGGGAAUCAUGUUUCCAGUGUGAUCUAUCUAGCCUUUUUUUAUAAUAAAACACUCCUUUCAGCUUUAGAAGCACGUGAAAUGUCAGGUAUGCAGUGGAUCCAAAAGAUUAGUACACUCACCGUCUGUCAAGGCUGAACAACUGCAAAUACGGUUUAGUCUCCAGAUAUUUAUCGUUUUGUUUUUUUUGUUUGUGAUCAUUUCUUUACAUUGCUGGGUUUUAUUUUGUGUUCACAGGGGUCGUUUGUCGUGACAUCAGAACUGUUACUUUGAGUGUCAUAUCAUAUACUGUUAGAAAAUAAAGACAAAUUGUGAUGUCUUAA